AUGAAAAUUGUGUUAUUUUGUCUUAUUGCGAUUGCGCUUGCAGCAAGAUAUGAUAUUGAAGAAACAGAUGAAGCAUUUAUUAACCCAGGAGGUAUAACUUAUUUGGAAGCAAAAUCUGAGCCAAAGUCAGGGUAUAUCUGGUAUAUGAUUUCUACAACUUCUGAAAAGAUAAAAAUUGAGAGCCCAGCUGGUGAAUAUUUCCCACCUACAGAUGAAUCAGAAGCUUUUGGGAAGCUUGUUUUUACGAUAAAAUGUAGCAAUGCAUGCAGAGAAGGCGAAAAAUUCAAAGUGAUCGGCGCGCUACAAUAUUCAUGGCAAGCAGCUCCAUUUGAAGUAAAAGAAAUUGAAGUUACAGUGACUAAUCAAGAUCUAACCAGAAGGCUGUAA